UGUCGAAUUGACGAGAAAAGGAUGGCACUGGAAACUGCUUUCUCCAUGAGUUUUUGCUCCUUCCCUGUCCCCAAGGCAAUCUUCUUUGAGAGAGAAACUUCAUCUUUUCAACGAGUCAUCUCGAGAGCAAAAGGAAUUGCCGGUGAGGGUCAAGUUGAAAGCUGUAUGGAACCCGAGAGAAGGAUAAGCUCUGAUGGAGUUGAGACUCAAGUCAAGGAAACUGCUGACAAAGUAUUUAAUAAACUGCCUGAAAGAAAUUUAGAUACUUGGAGCGGUGGCAGAGUAACAGCAAAAGAACUUUCAGGCUCAGUAGUAAGGAACACGGUACGAAAAGAUACUACUUUACGACAUAUCUCACCUUCUAGUCAUUCAACAAAGAUUAGAGGAGAUAAGCCGAAGAUUUUAGGUGAGAAGAAAGCUAUUGUAGAUAGAAGCAAGGCCUACGUAAAGCUGAAGUCUCUAGCAAAAGAAGUGAGAGACGCAGGCUAUGUACCAGAGACGAAGUACGUUCUUCAUGAUAUUGAUGAAGAAGCUAAAGAGAAAGCAUUGAUGCAUCACAGUGAACGAUUAGCUAUUGCUUUCGGGCUUAUAAACACGCCUCCAGGGACAACGAUAAGGGUGAUGAAGAAUCUGAGGAUAUGCGGAGAUUGCCACAACUUCAUAAAGAUAUUAUCGAGUAUUGAAGAUAGAGAAAUCAUUGUAAGAGAUAACAAGAGGUUUCAUCAUUUUAGAUAUGGUAGCUGCUCUUGUGGAGACUAUUGGUAGACUCUUGUAUGAAAAUAUGUGAUUUUUAACAAAUUUAUACUAAACUAGUUUUUUUUU